CUUCGUCCAUGUUCGCCUCUUUGAGCGAUAGUAUACUAGACUAGUUAAAACACGUUGCAGCUUUUACCGAGUAACUUAGCUGCUGUCACUUCACCCACAUCCCAUUAUUUCACCUUCUGCAUGAGAAAUAAAUAAAACCGGAUUACUUAUGUCUGGAUCCGAGCAGCCGUCGGGGGAUUCUGCCGGGGCGGGAGGGUAUGCAGCAUUUUACCCGGCGGGAUACCAGGCGUUUCACCCGGAGGAGCACGGCCUAGACCGCGGCUUCCGACUGACGGCCUUCUCUGAUCUUAAAGGAUGAGGGUGUAAAGUCCCGCAGGAGGCUCUGCUCAAACUCCUGCAGGGACUGGAGCCUGACCGUCAGCCUGGAGAGGAUGACGGUUCGGGGACGGGGGCCGGAGACGAGACCGCUGAAUUCGGACUUGUUUCGGCUGCACAGGGUCCCCGACUAGGUAUUGGUAUGGACUCGUGUGUCAUCCCUUUGAGACAUGGAGGUCUUUCUCUGGUUCAGACAACAGAUUUCUUCUAUCCGUUAGUGGAGGAUCCCUAUUUGAUGGGUCGAAUUGCCUGUGCGAAUGUGCUGAGUGAUCUCUAUGCCAUGGGUAUCACGGAGUGCGACAACAUGCUUAUGCUUCUUAGCGUCAGUCAGAAGAUGAAUGAGAAGGAGAGAGAGCAUGUGAUGCCUUUGAUGAUGAAGGGCUUCCGUGAUGCUGCGGAAGAGGGCGGGACUUCGGUAACUGGAGGACAAACCGUCAUCAAUCCCUGGAUCAUAAUCGGAGGUGUGGCCUCUGUGGUGUGCCAGCCCAAUGACUUCAUCAUGCCUGACAGCGCUGUACCUGGAGAUGUGCUGGUUCUAACUAAACCUCUGGGAACUCAAGUAGCAGUGAAUGCCCAUCAGUGGAUGGAUAAUCCAGAGAAGUGGAACAGGGUAAAGCUGGUGAUCUCUAAGGAAGAGGUGGAGCAUGCUUAUCAAGAGGCUAUGAUCAACAUGGCCACCCUCAAUCGCACUGCUGCUGCCUUAAUGCACAAAUUUAAUGCACAUGCUGCCACGGACAUCACAGGCUUUGGGAUCAUUGGUCAUGCUCGCAAUCUCGCCCAGCAGCAGCGAAAUGAUGUCGCCUUUGUCAUUCACAACCUUCCCAUUAUUGCAAAAAUGGCUGCGGUGAGCAAAGCUUGCGGUAACUUGUUUGGGCUAUUGCAGGGCACCUCCUCUGAAACAUCAGGUGGUUUGUUGAUCUGUUUACCACGGGAGCAGGCAGCCCGAUUUUGCGCCGAAAUGAAAUCCAGCCGCGUGGGUUUGUCAGGAGCACUGGGGCAGGACAGCGGGCCGGGUGAUGGGCAGCAGGCGUGGAUCAUCGGAAUUGUGGAGAAGGGCAAUCGUUGUGCCCGCAUCAUUGACAAACCUCGGAUCAUAGAGGUCCCGUACCGCGGGUCUGUGAUCAGCACGCAGGAGGGCAGCAACAACAAUGCAAGUCCUCAUGAGGUUCAGUUAGCAUAACUGCAUUGCCAUGAAGGGUAAAAAAUCUGUCAUUCUGCACCCUUCUUAAUUUUGCCUUUACCUUAGUGUCUCAUUGGUUGGCUUGAGAGAUUUGAGUGUGUAUGUGUUUGUAUGUAUGCUCAUAUCAUAGACAUAGUCGAUCACAAGGCAUACGAAAGACGAAAAGAGUAUGUGUGCUCAUUCUGCUGUUCAUUUCCUCCCCCUGUUCAACCGAAGGGUUGAGAGCAACAGACCAAAAAUGUUAUAAUGUACCUGGUGGGAGAUGGAAUGGACAACAAAGAAAUUUUGUCAUCUUUUUACAUCUCAUGUUUUCAAACACACCUCUCAACUCUCAUCUGAAGCCUUUUCGUUAUAUUUUCCCCAUUGAGAUGUUUGUUGGAUACCAGUUGUUCUUUAUGGUGGUCCCAAUUUUGUUGUUCUUUGGGAAAAUUUUGACCAAAACCUUUUCUUCUCCAAAAAUAUGUUUUAAACUAUUCAGAACAUCUGGAUCGUUGAGCAUUAUAAGGUAGCAGUUACCAAGCCCUGUAUUAGAUGUAGGUAACAUUUUACCGUAAGGUUCUAUUUGUUAACAUUAGUUAGCUGUUAGUUCAAAUAAACUAACAAUAAACAAUACUAUUGCAGAAUUUAUUAUUGUGGGUUAAUGUUAAUUUCAGCAUUUACACAUACAUUUAAAAAAAAAUCAAAAGCUGUAGUAACACUAGAUAAUGAACAUGAAUGAACAAUUGAAUUAGUUUGAGUGUUAAAAAAAGAUGAAUAAAUGCUGUAAAAACAUUGCUCAUUGUUAUUUUAUAUUACUAAAUGCAUUAAUGUUAACAAAUAGGACUGUAUUGUAACACAAUACCAAAAUAGCCGAGUUUACUAAGAAAACAUUUGAAAGAACCUUUGAAAGGCAAGAUCUUAAAAUGACAAUCAAUGCUAAUGUGUAAGUUAUUUGGCAAACCAAUCCUGAUGCCUGAAUAAUAAGAAACAUUGAUUUCAUCGAGUUAUUUAAUGGUACAAUCGAUUAUUUAUUUUGUGUGGUUCAAAAGUUGAUUGUGUUUAUUUUGCAUUGUCCAUUCUGAUUCAUCAAUCUGUUUAUUGUAGAAAACCCUUGUAACACAGACACAUACAUGUUCAAAUAAGGUAAAUCUUUCUCUUUCUUUGGUAAUUUUCCUAUACAGAAAACCCUUAUAAUAAGGUGCUGGUUAGAAGUGAGUAGAGCAGUGACUUAAUUCAUUAGAUUCAGUAUAGACAACAUUUGUCAUGGGUUUUAAGAAGGUUUUCAGAAAUGUAAUUUUGAAUGAUUUGCUGAUUGUGGUGAGCUACUAUGAAUGAUGUACACUGUUCUCAUGUAUUUCACAAAAUUUAAGGCACUCUGGAUUUGCACCUUGUAACUGAUAAAGGUUUGAGCAGCUUUCAUCAGUUCAUUGGGUUAUCCCAGAAUGCCGGUUAUUGCAUUUGAAUGGCUACAGCAGAGCACCAGUGUCCAAUAUCCUUUUUAUGAUGCCUCUCUUUUUAACCCCCAGCCGAUGGGAAGGGUGAGGUUGAUGUUGACCGAAAGGAAGGGAUAGGUUGACCUGCCAAGUUAAUUCAUCUGCAGUGGUUGUGUUUUCAUUCAUUCAAUGUAAUUCAAUAAAACUGUAAUUUUCUUUAAAA